AUGGCAGAAGAAUCCGGAGUAGAACGUCUGAGCUCUACUUCUGAGGCUUCUAACAUCUCAGCCGCCUCGGAUGGCCCACCACCAACACAAAAAGAUGGUCCUGAAAAUCUUGAUCAGAAAAUAAAGAUGAAAUUGAAAGAGAAAAUUGUCAUCGAUGAUUCUGAUGACGAUGAUACUCAACAACUCCCAAAACAACCACCGCCACAACCAGUCGUCAGAUCAUCGUCGUCGCCAUCACCAAGUUCUCGACUCCGACUUGAUCUGAAGCUUUGCAACGACAACUCUGCUCGCGGGUCAGGGUCGACGUCGAGGCUUGAACUCAGCCUGUUCAACACUUCGAACCCGGGUUCUUCCAACCCAGGCUCAUCAAAUCCUGUCUCAAGGUACUCUCAACCCAACGAGACCACAGAUGAGAACCCACGUGGCAGUGAUGACAAAAGAUCCCAACCUAGGGUUUUCACAUGCAACUUUUGCAAGAGGGAAUUCUCUACUUCCCAAGCAUUGGGAGGGCAUCAAAACGCUCACAAACAAGAGCGCGCCUUAGCCAAAAGGCGGCAAGGAGGACUUGAAAAUAUGGGAGGUGUCUUGGGACAUUCCCCUUUUCUUAUUACAACCCAUAUUCAACCUUCUUAUCCAUGGUCCUCAACCCCCGGCUUCGGGAGGUUUGGCCAUGGUUCUGGGGCAUGGUCAUCUAGGGCAGGAAGCCUCCUGAACUUCCAAUCCACUAUUGAUAGGCUCAACCUGGAGGGCCUUCAUGCUAAUGCUCCCAAUGGAAUAUUAGGGCUUCCAGGAACCAGUAGCGCUCCAAGGUUUGAUCAGGAAAUCGGUGCUGUUCGCAACUUUGGUGGUUCGAGUUCGAAUUUUGGAAUCAACAGGCCAUUCCUUGGUGAUCUUAUCCGCCGCGAACCUCCAACAUCUGAUACCGAUGCUGCUGGCCUAGAUCUGUCUCUUAAGCUUUAG